AUGCUCCAUCUCUGGAUUGGAGUCUGCACUCAGUGCUUCAGGUCGCUGAUCGUUUGCUUCUUUUCUAUAGCUUGUGGAAAUCCAGUGACGUCCGACCGCAUUGUGGGUGGACAGGAUGCCUUCUAUGGGGAGUGGCCUUGGCAGAUAAGCCUGAGAAAGAAUGGGUACCACAUCUGUGGGGGAGUAAUGAUUGACACCCAGUGGGUGCUGAGCGCUGCCCACUGCUUCAUCAAACCCUACUCCACCUCCGACUAUACGGUGAAUCUGGGAGCCUACCAGCUGGCAGUACCCACGGGCAUCAUGUCUGCCGUCAGCGCCAUUUAUAUCCACCCAAUAUUUCAACGUGCCGGCUCCAGCGGUGACAUCGCCCUCAUCAAGCUCAUGAACCCCGUGCAGUUUACAGAUUAUAUUAUGCCCAUCUGUGUCCCCACCCAAGAUGUCCAAUUCCCCAGUAACCUGAACUGCUUCGUGACCGGCUGGGGAUCGAUCCAAUCAGGAGUAAGUCUCCCAUCACCUCAGACUCUACAGAAGGCCCAGGUGCCCGUCAUAGACCGUGCAGAGUGUGACACCAUGUACCACAUCAAUAACCCAACAAUUGCCGCCAAUACAACCCUAAUUCAGUGGGACAUGCUCUGCGCAGGAUACAAGGAUGGUCAGAAGGACGCCUGCCAGGGUGACUCCGGUGGUCCGCUGGCGUGUCGAUGGGACGGAGCUUGGCUCUUGGCCGGACUGGUCAGCUGGGGCUUUGGCUGCGCUCUUCCAAACCGUCCAGGAGUUUACACCAGAGUCACAGCAUACUCCGACUGGAUAAAGCAAUAUAUCCCACAAUUCCAGCUGACACCCGCUGUCAUCACCGCCCCGGACCCCACCACCAACGGCUCCGUGGGACCAUCUUCCUUCCUCACCCUGCUCUUCUUCUUUGUUGCUCUUCUCAUUCACAAGAUCUGGUAGACCCCUAGAUGGUGCUGGCACUAGACAAGACAUACAGACAAUGGACAAUGUGCCCAGGUAGUGUCCACUCAGUGACCACAUCUUGUCCUUGUG